AUGCCAUCUCGGCCGCCGCACUUGCCUCACCCUCGCUCUCGCAGCCUCGACACAGCCCUCGACAAAGCCACGGGCGCCGCGCCCGUCGCUGCCGACUCGAUGCCGCAGUGUAGUUCAGUUGCAGGUUCUCUUGCCGGAUCCCUGACCGGCUCAGUUACAGGAUCAUUCACGGAUUCUACGAUCCCCGAUUCAGUCCCCGCGUCGAUUACAGACUCGGUGGCUGAAGUCACUCUUCCCAGCGACACGGACGCUUCUGACUCAGGAAUAUCUAACAAGUGUUCUUCAAAGCUGAACGCUGAGUCUCGCAGAGACUCUAAAGGAAAAGAUUCAUCUAAUACCAAGCAUUCGGCUGCUAUUCGGGCGAAAGAAAGCAACUCGAAAAACAGCUUCCGACGCGCUCACGGAAGCUCGACUGGUUCGAAAGAAGAUAUUAGACUAAGUGGAAGGCUUAAAAAUAGAAGUGGGAAGCACACGUCGAGCGUCUCAUCUGAUAAAGGCAGACUAACCCCUGAUUUCAAAGCAACUCCCAAAUCUUCGCUUCCCAAAGAAGAUGAUUCGAGGAGAGCGCUAAAAAUGAAACCACAAACUCAGGACUCUCCAACUGCUCUCAAAUUUGAUUCAUGUAAGAGUUUAUCUAAGAAUCAAGAAAAAGAGGAUAACACGAAAGAUAAUAACCCAUACGCCAACUUCUUGAAGAAGCGAGUUAACUCUAAAAGUAAAUUUUUGGAAUCUGACGAGAAAAAACACCUAUCAUGCCGUGACGGCCGAAUUUUAGCAACCAGUAUUCUUGCAUCCGUACCAGCUGGAUCAAAAAAGGAGUAUUCAGAGCCAAGAAAUCCUUACAUCGUUCCGAAGCUCUCAAAUAUUUGUCGCAAAGAAAGAUCGCCCCAGCCUUCAUGUUCGUCCAACUCCUCCUCUCCCGUUCCAUCGUCCUUCACCAGCGGCUUGCGGUCUCCGUCUCUGAUCUCAUCUUCGUCCUCGACUUCACUGCCUCAACGUCGCAAAGAUUCUGUCUUCUCAUUCCCCGCGAAAUCGGAGUCAUCUUUUGAUAAUAACAAACAAACUGAGAGUCUUCUUUCUUCCCAGCCUCACAGCUUCAUUCCAAACACUGCAGACUCGCGAAAUAGCCUCUCACCUCGUGCGCCCCAUCGAACACACACUUUGGAGAAUCCUCCUAAGCCUAUCACUUUUCCAAAGCCAAAAGAAACCUCAUCUAGUCCUUUCGAGGCAUUGUCGGUUAAACCCGUAACUAAACGCGUUAAAGAAAUUGAUCUCCACAAAGAGGGCAGCCAUAUUGACUUAGUAGCUUCUUGUGAGCAGUAUUUGGAGGACGAACGCAAGACAGCUUCAGAAGACGAAAGCACCUUGGCCAGCACGCGGCGAUCUUCCAUCAGCUCCAUUGGCAGCUCGAACGGUCGGAGGAGAAGACGCCUCAGCAGCAUUCCGCUCGAUGACGAACUGACGAUAACUGAGGAGGAUAAUUUCUCCACUGAUAUCUCGAGGCAAUCUCCAACCAAGUCAGCUUCAGAUACUUCACACGAAAUGGCGUUAUUUGCUACCAUUGCAGCUCUUACUCAUAACGACUGGUCUACGGACCGGACAGAUGAUGCUGAUAGCUGCGGGGAGUAUGAAGGAUGUUCUCCUUCUGCAACCAAAGCCAAUCAAAACCUGAUCUCAACUCCUCAAUCAGCGACCAACCCAACCCCUGGUGCAACAACGAAACCGAACUCGGUCGUCCCCGCAGUUUCUCCAUCAUCACCUAAUCGGUCGAGCGGUCACAGCCCCUCCGUUAAAGCAGCUACUAUGCAACGUUCGAGCUCCUCCGACUCUUCUUCCUUACUGGAUAGAUAUGUCAAUAAAGUGAAAACUUUCAUCAAGAAGUAA